GAGCCCACUGGAGCUCUGAGCAUCUCCAUAAAUCCACCCAGCAAAGUGAAAGAGGAGAGAAAGUUGUGCCACUUUGUUGGAAGUUCUCAGUGAAGUUUUGUUCCUUGGAAGAAGAAGAAGAAGAAGAAGAGAAGUGAUGCCUCCCAGUAAAAGCCUCUUUGCUCCUCCUCUCCUCUCCGUGCACCCGGAGGCAGGACUCCACCAGACCCUCCAGACGCGCACCAGACGCGGCUGCGACCACCGAGACGCUCCGUGCAGCAUCCUGGAGCUCCGGCUGAGCCCCGCGCUGCGCUACCUGCAGCCGGACAAGAGCUCCUUGGAGCGGGCGCAGAGGCGGAGACGCCUCGCUGCCAACGCCCGCGAGAGGAGAAGGAUGCUCGGACUCAACGUGGCCUUCGACCGGCUGCGGAGCGUCAUCCCCAACCUGGAGAGCGACAAGAAGCUCUCCAAGUCAGAGACGCUCCAGAUGGCGCAGAUCUACAUCAGCACGCUCAGUGAGCUGCUGCAGGAGGAGGAGGAGACCUGCAGAGAACCGGUACCGAGCCCAGAACCACGGUCCUCUCAGGGGACCAACCUGGAGGCUGAGGAGCCAGACAGAGACUCUCACACUGAGGACAAGCUGAGGACUUAUACUGAGGACAUGUGGGAGAGGACCAGUGGGACCAAAUGACUUUAAAAACUCAAUCAGUUUCUCUAUUUUCAUACAAGACUGUAAUUAUUUGUUUCCCAUUAUCCUGCACUGUAAAAAGAAAUGUUAAUUAACAUAAAUAAACUGUA